GCGCGCGGGACUCCAGUCGACAACUGUUCAUCUUGAAACGGCUAACGAAAUUAUCGAGGUGGAAUUAGUUAUGAUUAUCACACUGUCGAUAUGUCUUAUGCCGUAGCAAAGGCGGUACCUUCGGACGCUGGAACAUCGCCAUCGCGGCCGACGACAUCGAUAGUCUACGAGUUCACGUGUCUGUUUACACAUGACCUACGAAAAAAACAAAAGCGAUGGCAGGAUGGCAAAUUAAAAUACCACGCUUUCAAUAAGCGAGUCAUGGUAUAUGAUGAACGAGGUCAUUUCGUUGGUGAUUCACAUUGGAACGGCGAUGCAGAUCUAAUGGACGGCGACGAGGUGGAACUGGACAGAGGCAGUGCGAUUGUCCAGGUCGCAGAGUGUAUCGGCGAGAGGGAACAAGAUCUCACUGAGGUAUUAGACAAGAGGGCUCGUGAGGUUGAGAAGAGACGACAGAUCGCUGCUUCGAGGGCUGGAAGAGUCGGAACCGCUUCAUCCAACGCCAUACCCAGCAGCGCCACUUCGACAGUCUCCAGAGGCCCAAGACAGCAGCAUGUGCCUCUGAGUGCCAUGCUCCAAAGCCCAGGCCCAAUAGGCAGGGCGGCUAUUCCCAGCGAGUCGCCUUUUGAGAUUCGCAGGCAAGGCCUGCUCAGCUCCGUUGCACCCAGAAAACAAGCAUGUGUUGCAAAGCCGCCUCCUUCCAGAAAACGGAAAGCUAGCGCCUCGCCGCCUGAGAAGAAGGGACAUGCUCAGAACCUGUUCGGUGUAAGGUUAAACCUCUCGGCUGGGCCUCCUCCAGAGCUCUUAGCUGCGCGGGCCAGAGCAUUGCAAGAACGGACCAAUCUACAACGCCAGCGGAUGGCUGAGGAACGGGAGAAAGAAUCACUCUUUGUUGAAAGUAGCCCAACAGAUGCUGCUCCUAUCACACCAUCGAAACCUGUACAUAUGCCACAGCCCUCUCGUGGUUUGUUACAAACGAGGCCGCCCCCAAGAGCGCCGCCGAUACCACAGCCUACACAAAUCGAAAUACUAGACGAAGAGAGCGAUGCCGAAGAGCCACAUGCCCCUCCACCAAAAGAAUCAAUUCCAAAACCUACUGAUGAUCAUCCAAGAAAGCAGAAUGGGUUCACAGAUGCUCGCUUGGCCAUGGCCAGCGCCAGUGUGGAAGAUAGGCCUGAUCCGCCAGCGCGCAAAAAGAAGAAGACAACCGACACUAGGGAGGAAGCUGUACGUGAUGUAUCAGUAGAAGUUUCAGAGAAACAACCAGUCGAACCUGCUCCAGAACCUUCGAAGCACAAAAAGAAAUCUGCAAAAGACACCGAAGCUAGGGUUGAUAAGGUGUCGUCAAAAGCUUCCAAAGCGAAAACAAGGACGCAACAAUUGCCCAAAGCGAAAGAGACGGUUGACAAUCCAGAUGCAUCCAGCACAAGCCAAAAUCGCCCUAAGAAGGAGAAACGGAAAAUCCCGCCGACACCAGAAGGACCUCGCGCAAUCCUGUGUAUUAAACCAAGAAAACGACGGGGACUGGUCAUGCUGACCGAGCCAAUUCGAUAUCCAUCACCCCCUCCUCCAGCAGAGGAUCAAGAUAUGCCUAUGAGGUCACCAACACCACCAACACCAACACCGAUAAUAGAAGAAAAAGAUGACGCGCCAAUGAGAUCACCGACGCCACCAACUACUCCUCCAAUAAUUACAGCACAUCAUGAUAGCCCCGACUUCGAGCUGGAGUCACCAAUGAGUGACAAAACCCCCAAGAGUAGCAUGCCUGUACACUCAAAACAACAAAGCCCAGCUGAAGGGGAGGGUCCGAUAGCAAAUGUUCCUACCGAACCAUCACCUAUGCCUUUACCUAUUCCUCCAGCGUCAUCACAAGCUCAAAUACCAUCCUCUCCCGCUCAACCAACGAUAGUUUUGUCGAGUUCACCACCAUGGGUGCCAGACGAACAGCCCAAAGACGACGAACCUAUGGCCAAGGAUGAAGCUGCUGAACCACCAAUCACUACUAAUAAGCUUGAGUUACCCGCUGAGUCUGAAUCUGAUGAUGGCGCACCCUUGCCAAAAAGGCGUACCCGAAGAGUACAAAAGAGGCGUGAGCCAGAGCCUGAGCCUGAGAAAUCACUGCCUCAGGAAGCAUCACCGGAGGAAGUGGAAAGCCGUAUUCGCCCGCAACGCCGUGCACGGCAACGCAAACAAAAGACACCGGAACCCACAUAUGCCGACAAGCAGUCUGUGGCUUCUGUCAGCGACGCCGAGAAUUCAGAUCAAGAAGAGGAGAUCUCAUCCCCUCCAAAAGGGCCACGCCUUUCGAGAAUGGCACGCAAGGGCAUUCGAAGCAUUGAAAUCAUCGGCUAUGAUGAUAUACCGAACCCCAUCCAUACACUGGGCUCCUUCGGUGCUGCUCCCACCAUCAAUAUUGGGCCACGGCCAGCUGGCGGUAUUGGAAUGCCUAGAGUCGACCGUGUGAUUCCUAAAGGGAAUCUUCCACGACCACGUCCGCCCGCUGCUGAUACUAUUACAACUGAGGAACCAGUAACUACGACUGUGGCUAAAGAGUCUCUGCAUACUAACGUACCCGUAUCACCAGUCUCUCUGGACACAGUUCCUGAGACAGCGUCUGCUCCUGUCCAUCCAGCUAGUCCGCCGCCACCUAUCAAACUCUCGAGCACGGCGGAAGAUGAUUUGCACCUCGGGGAGAUUCUGAAAACUGCUGAAGAACAAAAAACAGGCGAUGCAAUACGUCCUGUUUCCCCAGUCAUUCCGGUGGCAGUUCAAGAGUCAGUUGCAGUUGCACCCGAAGCAGUGGCGUUGAGCAAUGUCCCAGUAACUACAGAAAAAGAAGACGCAGCCAUUUCAUCUAAACCAGAAGACCCAAAGACGAGAGCGUUUCAAAGAAAUUCUUCGUUCACAGCCCCUUCACUUACGAGAGGCGCAUCAGACUCGUCUUCUGGAAGCACAAAGCCUAGGAUCGUCAACCCAGCUACUCGGGGCAAGAAAGCCGCUCGAAAAGAAGAUGCAGCCGGACAGAUGCCACAAUGUAUCGUUCCAUUUGAGCCAGUGCAGCCAAUGCGCCGAGCCGUCGCCCGUCCUGCUUUGAAGCCUGCCAUUCUGCGGUCGGCACCACCACGUCCAGCCAAUAGUUUCGCAAGCGCAACGACGACGACUAAUGCUAGCGCAGUUACGUUUAGCUCUGCGAGCGGUGGGCCCUGGAGCCGGCAUGCUCACGACCUGCUCGGUAUAGGUCGACCCGGGCCGCCUUGACUGCUGUUGUAAGACCAGAGUCCAGAAUAAUGACGCUUUAAGCGCAGUAUUUCAGGGUUGUCAACUUUGUAUCAGCGAUGCCUACGCAAUGGUCUGAGAGCGAGUCUUCGGCAAGUGGCCAACUCGCCCCGGGCUGUUGUGGGACCACGGGUGUAAGUAGAGCUGGGCAAUGUAACCAACCUGAUGGAGAGUGAGAUGAGCGAGAUAUUACGAUCAUAUCCAUUGCCUACACAUAAAAUCUUUGUCGAUUGGCUUUCGUCAUAGGUGUACGGUCAGAAUGAAGAAAUGAGAUGUACACUAGUAUUAGUCGUUGCAAAUAUCAUGUUUAUAGUCUCUUUAUAUAUACCCUUCAUAUCUUCAUGACACACACUUCAAUACUAUUCAUGCAUCGUUCCCGUGACAUACUCUACU